GCAGCUCUUGGCUGCUUGCGGACGGUCGGCAGGCGUUGCUACCAAACGUACCCCCUUCGGAAUACCUUAACGCUGUGAGGGAACACCGGCCGGCGGAGGAUAACUGUAAGUUGGCCCGUGUGACUAUACUUCGGCGAACCAGCUGCUGCAAUAGCAAACUCCGUCGACCUUUCGAACCUGCCGGAAGACACGGAUUCAACAGUCGACAUGGGCACACCCCCACGUAGACUCAUCCGUAUGCCACGUCGUUUGAUUUCGGACGACGAUGACUUUGAGCCACCCAGGAAACGCAUGGUUCCCACAGCCGUUCCAUAUGGCUCGCCACCUAUCUGUUCUUUAACUGAGUUGGCCCGCUCGAUGGGUAAAAACUCACGUCAGUGGUCUUCCCAGCAAUACAACAUGGCUGGAUACAAACCAGCUUAUACAGCGUUCAAUACCGCAUCUAACUGCGGUGAAAAGUCGAACCCACAGAUUCCGUCAAGGGCAUCGGGUUGGUGCUUACACUUUGUAGCUUGA